AUGGAAGUCGCUGGUGGACCUUGUAACGCAAAUGACACACACGUCUUGGGAGAUACUAAGAAAACAUUACGAUUGGAUGUGUUAAAUUUAAUUGCAAUAUUGCGAAACCACUUCGAUUGCAGUGUAGAUCUCGCUACAAAGAUUAGAGUAUUUUGCACUCAGGUCAUUGGCACUAGAAUGACUCUGUACGCGUUAAACAUGCUGCCAGAUGGCCGAUUCCUUUCAUCUAAACUUGCAACCGCAAUGAUACCCUUCAGUUUUCAUGGCCGGGAUAAAUUCAAGUCAAUUUUCAGAUUGAUGGCCAUUUUACAUGAUGAAAUAAUGAAGCAAGAUGCUUUGAUCGGCGAGAUUUAA